GGGAUAUUGGUGAGCUGAAGCUCCGCCUUGUUUUCCGCGAACCGGAAGCGCUUCUCGCUCCAGCUGGUUGUCAUUUCACUCUGUGCUUGGUCCUGACUGGAAGGACGGGGAGGAGCGGCGGAGAGACGGGUAGACACACAACAGGGAUCAAAGCAGCCACCCUCCCCCUCCUCCGUUCCCAGACACCGGCAAAACAAAAUCCUCUCCUCACAUUCACAAUUGAAAUGCUUUGAAUUUGAAGCGCCGCUCACGUAAUCUACGUUUGGUUUUUCUCAGACACCGGUGAAGGGCUGCUCGCAGGGAACACGAACGCUGUCAUUUCAGACGAAUCCUACUAUCACCUUCUACGCAGAAACAUAAUCGCACCGAUAUAUAUCAAGAGGGAAAACAGCUGGUGUCACUGACAUGCAGGUUUCAUGAGGCUACAGAGAGAACAACGACCCAGCCAGCUACAGCCAAGAGGAGAUCUCAUUGAACCCGCCUAUAGUCUGCUUGUUGCCUUUUUACUCGGACUGAGCAAGAUAAAAAAAAAAAGCCUCUCGAUGACAGGAAAAUUCCGAUUGAUCCCUUUGCACUUAAUGGAUUGAAGCUGAGGGGGGGACAGGCACAACCCGAUUUCUGUAAACCAAAGAAUAUUCGGUGUAUUCCACCCAUUUCUUCCCCCUCCUCCCUUGCCAAAGGAGGCCCUUUAUUCUCUGCUAAAUGACUGAAGAAGAUUAGCAUUCGUGUGUUCAGAGAGAUUAUUAUCAGCAUAUCAACAAUCGUACUGACCCAAGGAGGCUUAUAUUUAUUAAGCACAAUUUGGCUUCACCCAGAUAAUUUUUCCCCCCCCAACAUUUGUAAUAAAUGGGGGAUUACGGGUUUGGAGUGCUGGUUCAAAAUAACACUGGGAACAAGUCAGCUUUUCCAGUCCGAUUUCAUCCACAUCUGCAGCCCCCUCAUCAUCAUCAGAAUACAAGCCCCAGCCCCGCUGCUUUUAUAAAUAACACAGCUGCCAAUGGCAGUAAUGCUGGGUCAGCUUGGCUUUUUCCUGCUCCAGCUGCCCAUAAUAUUCAGGAUGAGAUCCUUGGGUCAGAAAAAUCGAAAUCUCUGCAACAACAACAGGAACAGCAAGAGUCCUUAGACAAACAGCUCUCUCCUAGCCAAAGCCAGGAAGCAGGGAUUCUACCUGACCCUGAAAAAGUGAAGUCGGAAGAAAGCCAUGGAGACGGCUCUUCUGAGAAUGGCAAAGACAAGAUAAGAAUAGAAUCCCCUGUGUUAACAGGUUUUGAUUAUCAAGAAGCAUCGGGCUUGGGGUCCUCAAACCAGACCUUGACAUCUUCUGCAUCCCCUCUGACUGGUUUCAGCAACUGGUCAGCUGCUAUUGCCCCUUCCUCAUCUACAAUGAUUAAUGAAGAUGCAAGUUUUUUUCACCAGGGAGGGGUCCCUGCUGCUUCAGCUAAUAAUGGUGCUCUGCUUUUCCAGAAUUUCCCACACCAUGUGAGUCCAGGGUUUGGAGGUAGUUUUUCCCAGCAGAUUGGACCUUUGUCCCAGCAUCACCCACAUCAUCCUCAUUUUCAGCAUCAUCAUAAUCAACACCAACAGCAAAGGAGAUCUCCUGCCAGUCCCCAUCCGCCUCCAUUUGCCCACAGAAAUGCUGCUUUUAACCAACUGCCCCAUUUAGCCAAUAAUCUUAAUAAACCACCUUCUCCGUGGAGCAGCUACCAAAGUCCAUCGCCUACACCCUCAUCUUCAUGGAGUCCCGGUGGUAGUGGAUAUGGAGGCUGGGGUGGGUCCCAAGGUAGGGACCACCGCAGAGGACUUAAUGGAGGAAUAACACCCUUGAAUUCCAUAUCACCAUUAAAGAAGAAUUUUGGAAAUAACCACAUUCAGAUGCAGAAAUAUGGCAGGCCCAAUUCUGCCUUUGCACCAAAAUCUUGGAUGGAUGACAGCUUGAACAGAGCUGAUAACAUAUUCCCUUUUGCGGAUCGUACAAGGGCGUUUGACAUGCAUUCAUUGGAAAGCUCUCUGAUUGACAUAAUGCGAGCAGAAAACGAUUCCCUGAAAGCAAGGACAUAUGGUCGAAGGCGAGGUCAGUCCUCUCUCUUUCCAAUGGAAGAUGGAUUUCUGGAUGAUGGCAGAAGCGAUCAGCCUUUACAUAGUGGCUUGGGAUCACCACACUGUUUCCCUCAUCAAAAUGGCGAACGUGUAGAGCGUUAUUCUCGCAAAGUGUUUGUGGGAGGUCUGCCUCCAGAUAUAGAUGAAGAUGAGAUCACAGCUAGUUUUCGACGUUUUGGACCUCUUAUUGUAGACUGGCCACAUAAAGCAGAAAGCAAGUCUUACUUUCCUCCAAAAGGCUAUGCAUUCUUGCUGUUCCAAGAUGAAAGCUCCGUACAGGCCCUGAUUGAUGCAUGUAUCGAAGAGGAUGGAAAGCUUUACCUGUGCGUCUCAAGUCCUACAAUCAAAGACAAGCCUGUUCAGAUCCGUCCCUGGAACCUCAGUGACAGUGACUUUGUGAUGGAUGGCUCACAGCCUCUUGAUCCUCGGAAAACCAUUUUCGUUGGAGGUGUUCCACGACCAUUACGAGCGGUGGAAUUGGCCAUGAUAAUGGACCGGUUGUAUGGAGGAGUAUGUUACGCAGGCAUAGACACUGACCCGGAGCUAAAGUACCCAAAAGGAGCUGGGCGUGUUGCCUUUUCAAAUCAGCAGAGUUACAUAGCUGCUAUCAGUGCCCGAUUUGUUCAGCUGCAGCAUGGAGAAAUAGAUAAACGGGUGGAAGUGAAGCCAUAUGUCUUGGAUGAUCAGCUGUGUGAUGAGUGUCAAGGGGCUCGCUGCAGUGGCAAAUUUGCUCCGUUCUUCUGUGCUAAUGUUACCUGUCUGCAGUAUUACUGUGAAUAUUGCUGGGCUGCUAUCCACUCACGUGCUGGACGAGAGUUCCACAAGCCACUGGUGAAGGAGGGAGGAGAUCGCCCGAGGCAUAUUUCAUUCCGCUGGAACUGAGCAACCCAUUGCUUGGCUCACUUUGCAAGCAUCCAAAUAAGUGCACUCUUCUGUUCUCUUAAUCUCCCUCCCUCCUACCAUCUUUAGGAACGCAUGUCCUCUUGUUGUAGUCUGUAUUUUAACAAUAGUAUAAUGAAAGAAUGGCCGACACCAUAGGUAUUUUGUAGAGUCUUGUGUCAUUGAGAACUGUAUUGGAACGCCUCUUGUUCAUAACAAUAUUACUCUGAUGCAUGCAAGUUUCAUGCUGUCCUUUUCAAAUAGCAAGGGAGCAGGGGGACUGCAACAAUUAUUAUUAUUAUUAUUAUUAUUAAUAUAUUAUUUUUUUUAUAUAUAAUUUUAUCGGAGAGCAAAGCUUAAAAGCAAGAAAACUAUUGAGCGAGAAAUAGAGUAUUUUUUUUUUAUUAAAUUAUUGUUAAAUAUAAAGUAACGUAAGAAUACUGUUAAUGUAACCAUGCAACCACAAUAACACUAUGGGUUUGUUGAACAGAUUUUUUUUUUAAAUAUAUAUAUAUAUAUUAUUAGAGGGGAUUUUUUAGCAUCUAUUUAUUUUGUAUUUUUCCAGACUUUAUUGAAAAUAAAAAGUCAGCAGUUGCCUAUUAAAAACAUUGAGCAGUAAACGGCAUGGGCAAACAAUAUAUACUUUUCCAGUCAUAUGAGAUGAUCUGAAGGUUUAGAAAUGGCAGAUGCCUCCAAUUUCUCCACAUCUUUUUAGUUCUAGUUUAUGUCGACCUCUUGUAAACUGGCUAAUUCUCCUUAGAGCUCCAAAUUCUUUUGACCGUGAGCUAUUUGCAUUAAGCUUUUUAAGAAUGUAAAUGUUGAGUGAAGUUACUACUGAGGGGAGUGCACUUAUUUAUUUUUUCAGAGAAAUAAAAAAAAACUUUAAAAAGUUUUAUGAGAAAAACACAAGUUCAGUCAUAGCCCCUUGUUUCCUCUGAAAUCCUACCAAAGCUCCGUAAAAAAUAGGAUAAAUACCCGAAAGGCAGGAAUUUCCUCUCUCCGAAAGAACAAAUGUAUAGAUUUUUAUUUUUUUGAAGCUUAAUAUAUAUCUCUAUAGUUCUGAUUUACCUAAACCUACAUCAGGUGCCAGCUUUUGUUCUCCAUUUUGACACACAAAGCUUGAACGAUACCUCCAGGCAUGGUAGUCGGUAUUUUCCUUUAGCAGUCUUAAAUCUUGACUGGAGCAGGGGGAACCUUCUAUUUUGCAUAAGCCUUUGAAACCUUCACUGAAAGUUACUGUGAAUGGCAGCAAUCUACGCUAAGAUCUCCACAGCCGUCGGGGAUCUGUUGAAUCCGUUGGAUAUGCUCCCCGCAGCAUACAGUCACUUUAUACUUCUGCAUUGUCUGUCCACCAAAAAAGUUUUCACUUCAAAUUGCAGUGACUUUUUCAUCUUGCUGCGAUGAGAAAGCAGCGGAGAGUAGUGAUGUACUGUAAAAACUGCAAACCAUAAUUGCUUUACACAUAGUUUAAGAAAGUAACUCUCAAUGCAGAAUUUCUUGUAGCGGCUGCUUUAUUUUUUCAUAAUCCCUUUCCUGUUCUUAAAUAUCCACUUCUUUGUCUUUCCAUUAGUUAAGCAAAUGGUUGUCAUGUCCAUGUACAGUUUAACGUGGAUUUGGAAGCAAAAUCGUUAAACCAAUCACUUUCCCGGCCCAGGCUGAACAUACAGGGGCAGUUAAAUGUAAGUUGUGUUAGGGUAAUGGCACAUAGUGUUUUGAUUGCUGCAUUGUUUUUGAAUGCUCAAAAUCCCU